AUGGGAUCCGUGCUUUGUGGGCAAAAAAAGAAAAAGCCGAUUGGAGGAGCAUCAUGGAUUGGUAAUGAUUCCGAGAAUCCAUUUGAUAGUCUGUCGAAGAAGGAUAGGACGUGUCUACGAGAAACGUUUCAACGAUUGGAAGAGCCUAAAGAAAUUGUAGGAAGAAUAUUCUGUGAUAUCGUAAAUGAUCUGGAACCUGAUCUGAAGAAGGUGUUUGGAGUAGAUCGUGCACCCAGAGCUACAAUGACUAAAAUGCCCAAAUUUGGCGGACACAUAGCUCGCUUUACGGAAUUUCUUGAUCAGGUAACAACUAUGCUUGGCUACACGGAAAAUUUGACCGGAGCUUGGCAAUUAGUUCGGAAAACUGGUCGAUCACAUGUGAAACAGACAUUUUUACAAGAAAAUCAGAAUCAGUUGGAGAAGAAUUAUUUUGAAAUAGUUAUCAAUACGUUUAUAGAGAGAAUGAUUCCAUAUUUGACAGGAGAACAGGAGUUGCCACCUGCUGAUGGACAAGAAAAGAAAAAAGUUCGAUUUGCUCAAAGCUAUCAGAUACCGCAGAUUCAGGAUGUGUGGACGAGAUUUUUUGGAAUUCUGAUGAAUCAGAUGACGGACGCCUUCGAGUUGGAACGAACGAAACAGCGAAUCUCUGAAACGCAGAAAGCUCUGGCUCCUCAUCAAUACGUUGAGAAUAAUGAAAGGAAAAAGAAACGAAUUCAGGAAAAACAAUCAGAAUUAGAGAAUACAGCUAGUUCUAAUGAACCAAAAGAGCCAGAACAAAUGUUCGAGGAUCCCUUCUAA